UCCGGGCUGUCGGGAGACUGAGUGACUGGCGCGUGGGCAGGCGCCACUUCGAGCGGGAGCCGCGGCGAGGAUGGCCGCCUCGGUGGGGCCGGGGACGCGCACGAAGACCAAGAAGAAGCACUUCGUCCCGCAGCGCGUGAAGGUGCUGCGCUCGGCCGACCCCCUUCUGGGCGUCCUGGCUUGGGGGAUCAACCAUCAGAUCAAUGAACUCAAUCAAGUUCCCCAGCCAGUGAUGCUGCUUCCUGAUGACUUCAAAGCCAGUUCUAAAGUAAAGGUGAACAAUCAUCUCUUCAACAGGGAAAACUUGCCUGGUCACUUCAAAUUUAAGGAGUACUGUCCACAGGUUUUCCGCAACCUUCGCGAACGCUUCAACAUUGAUGAUCAGGAUUAUCAGGUCUCCCUGACACGUAGUCCACCAACCUAUGAGACCGAGGGUGGGGGGCGCUUUCUCCUGUCCUAUGACAGGACAGUGGUCAUAAAAGAGAUAACCAGUGAAGAUGUAGCUGAUGUGCAUAGCCUUCUGUCACAUUAUCACCAGUACAUUGUGAAAUGUCAUGGGAGUACACUCUUGCCCCAGUUCUUGGGUAUGUACCGGCUCAGUGUUGACAAUGAGGACAGUUACAUGCUGGUCAUGAGGAACAUGUUCAGCCACAGGCUCACCAUACACCGAAAAUAUGAUCUGAAGGGUUCCCUGAUAUCCCGGGAAGCCAGUGAUAAAGAGAAGGGCAAGGAACUACCAACUCUGAAGGACAUGGAUUUUCUAAACAUGAACCAGAAAGUGUAUAUCAGUGAAGAGGCCAAGAAAGACUUCAUGGAAAAGUUGAAGCGAGAUGUGGAGUUCUUGGUGCAGCUAAAGAUUAUGGACUAUAGCCUUCUGUUGGGAAUCCAUGAUGUACAGCGAGCUGAACAAGAAGAGGAGGAAGACAUAAAAGAGGAAGAGGAAGAUGGAGAGGGUGAACCAGGGGGACUGGCAUCAGUGGGCUCUUAUGGAACAUAUCCAGAGGGCAUUGGCAGCUAUCUCAACUCCCACAAGCCCCUGGAGCCUGGUGACUUUGACCCUUAUAUUGAUGUCUACGCCACUAAGAGUGCUGAAAAUAGUCCCCAGAAAGAGGUUUACUUCAUGGGCCUCAUAGACAUCCUCACACAGUAUGAUGCCAAGAAGAAGGCUGCCCAUGCAGCUAAGACAGUCAAGCAUGGGGCUGGUGCAGAGAUCUCCACAGUGCAUCCAGAACAAUACGCCAAGCGCUUUCUGGACUUUGUCACCAAUAUAUUUGCUUAACAGUUGUUCACUAUGUCUUGUUGGCCCAGAUCAAAAGUUUUCAGCACCCUUGUAGUUGUCACUCACCUUGCCCCCUGAUUCUCAGUAAGUAGGAUAGCUUUCAUCCUGCUAUUCCGGGGUCAGCAGGGGAGUUGAACUGACUUCAGAGGAGUCCCACGCUGGUGACUGAGGGAUGGCUGCUGAACCAAGUGCCUUAACUCUGAUCUUGUCGGGAUGAGAAAUGAUCCAGAGUACCGAAGAAGCUGGCUGUGAAUGCUUUGGGAAGCUGCUGCUUCUUCCAUGUAGGAGGAAGAGGAGUGGCUAGUUUUUAUCUAAACAUUGACCUCUUCCUUUCUUUUAAAUAGUACCCGUGGUACAUCAUUUAGGGCAGGAUAAUGUUGAGACAGAAUAAUAUGCAAUACGAAGUUAGUCGUGCCUUGGAAGAAGGGGGUUGAAGGGAAUCUUCCCCAUUUACAGAUAUUUUAUCCUCUGAUAUCCCGUUGUAUGGCCUGUUUCAAAGCCGUGCGCCAGUUCUAUACCUCUUCCCCCAUUCCCCUUCACAUGACCCUUGAUGGAAGACUGCACUGUGCCCAAUCUUGUGAAUAGUUUAGCUCUGAUCUAGUCCUUUUUUCAAUAAUGGAAAUCUCUCCUGCUAAAGAAAAGAGCCCAGCAUUGCAUCCAGUAUUCCUUGAGCUCUCUCCCAUGCAGAAUUGCAGUUUCUUGAAACUUUGUGCCACGAGUGUUGCUUUUAAUGAGAAAAAUUAUUUUAGGGUCCAGUGCUGCCUCACAUCCUUUUUCCACCCCUUUGAAGCAGGGUUUGGGAGGUCCUUUGUGCUUGCUAAAGAUAUUUGGAGUCAACCCCGGAGUAAUGGCAGUAUCCUCUGACUCCCUGCUGGAGCAUUUUAUAUGCUGUGGAGCUUUUUGUGUCCCCCUUGUAAAAGGGAGAUUGGGGGAAGGACAGAAUAACUCUGAUCCUUGGGGAAAUGUAUACAGGAGUGUCCAUAAUUCCACUGGGCACACGGCCCAGAUUGAGUGGAUGUAACCCACAAAGUGGUCUAAUGUAUGUCUAGGGUUCACCACAGUAUAGUACUAAAUUCAAAAGCUUCUGAGAAAUGCUGAGGAUGAAAGUCCUGAACAGGUCAUAAAGCUUUAACAUUAAGGUCAAAGUGAGCCUCCAGAUGUUGUUGAACUGACAGCAGCAUCAGAUACCAUGACCAGUAGGAGCAGGGAAUGUUGGGAGUUGGAGUUCAGCAACAUGUGGAGGGCCUCGUGGCUUCCUAGUCUCAAUUUAGAUCAUACAAGCUCUACGUUGAAGUGGGAAUCAGACCAAGCCUCAUUUAUUUUGUUCAGUGUUGCAGGGUCGGGAGGGUAUCAUGCCCAGUUUCAGGAUGCUAUGAGAAGCAGCAUCUGCCUAUCUCUUCAUAACAGCUCCGUAUGUUUCUUGUGUAUAUAUCAAAUUGGCAAGCCAGUGUAUUUUGGGAAAAUGUGGCCUGUCUCAGCAGCUCGGAAAGCCUCUUGAGUGAGGAAGGAAAUUGCUAUAAACUAAGAAGCUAACAGAUGCAUUAAAAAGAAUACCCCUUUUCAUUCACUUAUUCAGCAGAGUGGGGAUUCUUGGAGAUACUUCCUUCAGCACAGUGAGGAAUGCAGACAAGGAACUGGAUAAAUUAAAUGAUCAUUGCUCAUUUAUUAUUGGCUUCAUUAAGAGUUCUUGCAUUCUCUAGUAGCUGUCUGAACUAUAUUUCCCAGUAACCCCAGCCCACUUAUGAGCAUUGGUGAGGAAUGCUGGGAAUUAUAGUUUAGCAACAUCAAGGGCCAGUGUUCCCUACCUGGAAAUUCUAGCCAUGGUUCUGUUUUACAGUGCUACUCAUUUUGCUGCUGGGGACCUGAAACAUGGAGGCUGCUUUAUGGUUUUUCAUUUUUUCCCCUUCUGCCCCAUUACUGGUAUUUUGGGACUGAUGUCAUUUCAGCUCUCAACACAAUAAAGGCUGUACCAUGGAGAUACAUUUAUGCUGUGGGGCUGUCUUCCUUCCAGCCUCUUUCAGUGUUUUGUAAUUGUAUACAAUGUGUAUUUCUGGUUUACUCUUGUAUGGCUAAAAAUAAAUUAUUGAACCAAAA